UUCACACAACAAACAAACAUAUAAGAGAGAGGAAAAAAAACUAAGUGAUGAAUCUUAGGGCUUUCUCACUCCUUUUCCUACUCGUGGGUUUUUGUGGGUUUAAGUGCAAGGCAGAAGACCUACAAUGCGAAGAGACACAGCCUUUCACAUGUAACGACACUGGCACUUUGAACAAAAGCUUGUUCGCCGAUGACUUCCUCUUCGGUGUCGCCUCUUCUGCUUACCAGGUCGAGGGUGCGGAGGGUAGAGGUCUCAACAUUUGGGAUGGAUUCACUCAUCGUUAUCCAUGGAAAGGAGGACCAGACAACGCCAACGGUGACACGGCUACUGGAUCAUACCCAGACUUCAGUAGAGAUAUUCAAGUGAUGAAAAAAUUGGGGGUUAAUGCCUACAGAUUCUCCUUUGCGUGGUCAAGAAUCAUUCCCAGUACGUAGCGUGCAUUACACUUUGAUCAUAGUAAUAUAUACAA